AUGUUAAAAACGCUGCCUGGAUUAUUCCGCCUCGGCGUGCGACGAGUCCAUCUAACAGGAGCUAAAAAAGCGGCGAUUCCGCUAGUGAUCGAAAAUGACGGUAAAGGUGAACGAGUCUACGAUAUCUACUCUCGGCUACUCAAGGAUCGAAUUGUUUGUGUCAUGACACCUAUUGACGAUUACGUUGCGUCGGCCGUGAUUGCUCAACUUUUGUUCUUGGAGAUGGAGAGCCAAAAAAAACCGAUUCACAUGUACAUCAACUCUCCUGGUGGUGUCGUAACGGCCGGAUUGGGAAUUUACGACACGAUGCAAUACAUAAAGGCUCCCGUUUACACAUGGUGCAUUGGACAGGCGGCAAGCAUGGGAAGUCUUUUGUUGGCUGCCGGAGAAGCGGGGCAUCGUUCAGCUCUUCCAAAUGCACGAAUUAUGCUACAUCAACCAAGUGGAGGUGCUCAGGGCCAAGCGUCCGAUAUUCUGAUUCGUGCCGAGGAAAUUAUCCGUUUGAAACGUCGUCUCAAUGAAAUCUACACUCAUCACACAAAACAACCGGUUGAUGUUGUAGAGAAAACAUUGGACAGAGACAGAUUCAUGUCCGCUCACGAAGCACUCGAAUUUGGAUUGGUUGAUCGAGUCGAAUCCCAUCCAGGAAGUUGUCCAAUUGGAAAUAAUAAA